CCAGACAGUAGUACACAGAUUGCAACACCACUCUCCGCUGCUGGGGCUUUCACCAAUAACAACAUAUGCAGCAUUGCGAUCCUACAGCCACAGGGUUGACUACUGUAUAAUUUUAAUAUUUUAACCGCUAUGGCCGUGAUUACUGAGGAGUCAUGAAGACGUGACAUUGAGGAAACGUGUGCAGGCCGGGAAGGAUCCCGGAGAUUUCCUGACUCCAGCUUACUGGAGUUCAGUUAGGUGGUGCUAAGAGUCGAGCAUUACUUCACCUGUUGUCGCAAACCAAACCGUGGUGAUGUGGAGGACUGUGAAGGUCUGAUAUUGCCUCAAAUGUUUAUACAGGGGGUUUGAGUGAUUGGAAACCAUCAACUUGCGCCUGAGAAGCUGAACUAGCCUGUUAGCUAGUCGUGCUAAUUCCGGUAGCAGCAGCAGCAGCAGCAGCCGCCGCGGUGUGAGUGGCUGGCUGUGAGGGCUGGCUAACGAGUUGUGUUUGGAGAGUGGAGCUGCCCGCCGGUGCGCUGAAUUCAGGAAGAGUCCCCGGCUCCGGCCCCCUCAAGCGGGCAGUCAGGAAGAAGCUGGCUGGGAAGGGAUGGCCUGGUCGGUCUUCCCGUUCCAAAGGACAAGGCUCUGCGGUGUUUGAAGGAGGUCGAGUACGGCUAGAGGCCACCACCGCGGGUCGAGGCGCUAUGAUGGCCGCCUCCCCCUCCACGGCCGGCGGCUUCACGGCCUCCGGGCUGUCGGUCAGAAAGAGCGAGGAAAUAGCGGAUUUGAUAGAUUUGUUUUCCAAGAUGCAGUACAGAGCAAAGGAAGUCAUUCCUCGGGUGGAGGUGAUAGAGAAGCGCUGUCUGGAGUUAUUUGCCAGAGAUUACAAGUACAGUAUCAUCCAUAACUCCAACGGAGAAGUGUGCGGCCAUUAUCCCCGGCAGAUAGUUUUCCUGGAGUAUGAAUGCACAGAUGUCGAGAGAGACAGGUUUGAGAGCACAGUUCAGAUAAGUAAGCUACAGGACCUGGUGAACCGGAGUAAGCUGGCUCGCUGCAGAGGGAGGUUUGUCUGUCCCGUCAUCCUCUACAAUGGCAAGCAUAUUUGCCGGUCGUCCACUUUGGCAGGAUGGGGGGAGCUGUAUGGACGCACGGGAUACAACUACAUCUUCUCAGGGGGCACUGAUGACACGUGGACAGAGUCUGAGGAGGUUCCAGAGGAUGACAGCGCAGUCAGGAACGGGGACUCCCAGCUGUUUGACAAGGUUCGGGGCCAUGACAUUAAGCUGCUACGUUACCUCUCGGUUCGCUACAUCUGUGACCUGAUGGUGGAGAACAAGAAGGUUAAGUUUGGCCUAAAUGUGACGUCCUCUGAGAAGGCGGACAAGGCCCAACGCUAUGCAGACUUCACCUUGCUCUCUGUGCCUUACCCAGGGUGUGAGUUUUUUAAGGACUACAAAGACAGAGACUACACAGCUGAGGGCCUGGUGUUCAACUGGAAUCAGGACUAUGUGGACGCUCCUUUGACAAUCCCGUUGUGCUUUACUCAGAACUUGAACAUUGACUGGACUCGAUACCAGUCGUGGGACCUGGUGGAGCAGACCCAGAACUACCUGAAGCUGCUGCUCCACAUCAUCAACAGCGAUGAUGAGAGUGGCCUCCUGGUGCACUGCAUAUCUGGCUGGGACCGAACGCCUCUGUUUGUGUCCCUCCUCAGGCUCUCCCUGUGGGCAGACGGCGCCGUUCAUGCCAGCCUGGAGCCGGCCGAGAUCCUGUAUCUGACCAUCGCUUACGACUGGUUCCUCUUCGGUCACAUGCUGCCAGAUCGACUCUCCAAAGGGGAGGAGAUUUUCUUUUUUUGCUUCAAUUUUUUGAAGCACAUUGUCUCAGAGAAGUUCUCUGCUGUUAAGAAACAGAGAAGGAAGAACUCCCACUUCAAAGACAGUGAUUUCACUGUGGAAGAUCUCUGCCAGUUAAAGCCGAGGGAUCGCGGCAGUGUGACCAGUCUGAGCAGUGACUUUUCCCUCAUCACUGAGGAUGUGGGCGGUGCCUCCAGCCUCACCAAUGACACCAUGGACCUGUUGUCCAGCCAACCCCAGGCCUCCAGCUGGAGAAAAGGCACCACCUCCUCCCCUCAGAUGGUUGUUUGGAAUAAACAGAACCCUCUAGACGAGCACCUCUCGCAUCCACUCAAUGAGGCCAGGUCUUCCAGCUCCUCCUCCUCCAACCAAUCAGAACACAGCAUCACACGCACUGGCAGCAGCCCGUUGGCUGUCCCCGGAAGAAGGUUAGCAGCAGACUACACUCGGUCAGGUUCCUCUCUCUCGACAGAGUACGGGAGUUGGCAGAUAGUUUCGGGUUGUGGCAGCAUCCAUGAUCACGCUAACUUCCAUCCACCUGUGGCCUCAGCCUCCUCCACCUCAUCUGCUGUGGCUGCUGCCUACGACUCCCCCCUGCCCUUCAGUUUUCAGGAUGAAGGACCCAGUGGACGAAUGUGUCCCUUCCCCUCCGAGCGUCAGGCCCGUCUGGAGGCGGUGCGGGAAGUCUUCCUGGCAGCCUACAGCUCCACUGUUGGCCUCAAGUCCUCAGCACCCAGCCCCUCAGGCGCCAUCUCCGGUCUGCUGGAGCAGUUUGCCCGCGGGGUCGGCCUCCGGGGCACCAACGCCAUCGUCUGAACCCUCUCAAUGUGACUUCAGAUCCUCCUUCUGCCUCCAUCCAUCCAUCCACAGUCUAUAUCCAACAUGCCUGGACUCAGUACAAUAAAGUGCCAAACAUCUCUGUUCAGAUCAGGGGUGAAGCAUUUUUCCUAUUUCCUUUCUUUGAUUUUGUUUUCAAACCUUCAGUGCUUGGAUUUCAUUUUUUUCUGUGCUGCUCCAGCUUUACUCUGGAUGUUUAAUCUUCCAUGUUGAGUUCAUCAGUCACAUUCAGGGAGGGAAAUGGUUUCAGCCACAGUAUCAAAAAGGGAUAUUAAGAAGUCUUUCUAGCUGCUGAUAUUUACAAGGCUGAGAACAUGGGGUCUGUACCUGUUACAGGCAGAAUACAAACACUUCUUCCUUCCUCUGCUCCUUCUUAAUCUGUUCCUAAUUUCUUAAAAUCCUAAAGAGUCCUUGCAGUGACCGUCCCAUGUACAGGCAGCCAUGUUUUUAGUUCUCUUGCUUUGUGCUGCUAUUAUACUGAUCCAAGCAAAGGACUGUUAUGUUGUUAAGGUGAAAUUUAAAGCUAAGAUAAAAAAAAAGCACUUAUUGUGUUCUGACAGAAAUGGCACCAAGCUUUUUUUUAGCUUCCAAUUUGGCACAGUAGAUUAAAAUCAGAAUAUAUUAUCAGUUUCAGAGCUUGCAGCUUUGGGGUCCAGACUUGAAAAAUAAGGUUGAAUUUCAGAAGUCCAUCAUAAAGGUCCAGUGUGUAGGAUUGACGGGGAUAUUUUGGCAGAAAUGGAAUGUAAUAUUCAUAACUUUCAAUAAUCAGUCAAUAAUAACCUGAAACUAAGAAUUAUUGUGUUUUUGUUACCUUAGAAUGAGCUGUUUAUAUCUACAUAGGGAGCUGGUCCUCUUGCACGGUGUCCGCCAUGUUGUUUCUGUAGUA